GAGGAGUCGGGUACAACGGAUGACAGUGCACAAGAGAGAUUUAUAGGCCCUCUUCCAAGAGAAGGCUCUGUUGGCUGUACCAAUGACUAUGUCAGUCAAAGCUAUUCUUAUUCUUCAGUCCUGAGCAAAUCAGAGACAGGUUAUGUGGGGCUAGUAAAUCAAGCAAUGACUUGCUACUUGAACAGCCUUCUACAAACACUUUUCAUGACUCCUGAAUUUAGAAAUGCGUUAUAUAAGUGGGAAUUUGAAGAAUCUGAAGAGGAUCCUGUGACGAGUAUCCCCUACCAGCUUCAAAGACUAUUUGUUUUACUGCAGACUAGCAAAAAAAGAGCAAUUGAAACAACGGAUGUUACACGGAGUUUUGGAUGGGAUAGUAGCGAGGCUUGGCAACAACAUGAUGUACAGGAGCUUUGUAGAGUCAUGUUUGAUGCUUUGGAGCAAAAAUGGAAACAAACAGAACAGGCGGAUCUUAUAAAUCAACUGUAUCAAGGCAAGCUGAAGGACUAUGUACGAUGUCUAGAAUGUGGCUAUGAAGGCUGGAGAAUCGACACGUACCUGGAUAUUCCUCUGGUCAUCCGGCCGUACGGCUCCAACCAGGCGUUUGCUAGCGUGGAAGAAGCACUGCAUGCUUUCAUUCAGCCUGAGAUUCUUGAUGGCCCCAAUCAGUAUUUUUGUGAACGAUGUAAGAAGAAAUGUGAUGCAAGGAAGGGUCUGCGGUUCUUGCAUUUUCCGUAUCUGCUGACAUUACAGCUGAAGAGAUUUGACUUCGACUACACCACUAUGCACAGAAUUAAACUCAAUGAUCGUAUGACUUUUCCUGAGGAAUUAGACAUGAGUGUCUUCAUUGAUGUUGAAGAUGAGAAGUCUCCUCAGACUGAGAGUUGCACUGAUAGUGGAGCUGAAAAUGAAGGCAGUUGUCACAGUGAUCAGAUGAGCAAUGACUUUUCUAAUGAUGAUGGAGUUGAUGAAGGAAUCUGCCUUGAAAGCAAUAGUGCUGCAGAGAGAAUUUCUAAAGUUGGCAGUGAAAAGAGUUCUUUACUGUAUGAGCUCUUUUCUGUCAUGGUUCAUUCUGGAAGUGCUGCUGGUGGCCAUUACUAUGCCUGUAUAAAAUCUUUUAGUGAUGACCAGUGGUACAGCUUUAAUGAUCAGCAUGUUAGCAAGAUAACUCAGGAAGAUAUUAAAAAAACAUAUGGUGGAUCUUCUGGAAGCAGAGGCUAUUAUUCCAGUGCUUUUGCAAGCUCCACAAAUGCAUACAUGCUGAUUUAUAGACUGAAGGAUCCUAUGAGAAAUGCAAAGUUUCUUGAGGCACAUGAGUAUCCAGAGCAUAUUAAACACUUGGUACAGAAAGAGAGAGAAUUGGAAGAACAAGAAAAGAGGCAACGUGAAAUUGAGCGCAACACUUGCAAGAUUAAAUUGUUCUGCAUGCAUCCUACAAAGCAAAUAAUGAUGGAGAACAAAUUAGAGGUUCAUAAGGACAGGACACUGAAGGAAGCUGUGGAAAUAGCUUACAAGCUAAUGGAUUUAGAAGAGGCCAUUCCUUUGGAUUGCUGUCGUCUUGUCAAAUAUGAUGAGUUUCAUGACUACUUGGAAAGAUCUUAUGAAGGAGAAGAGGAUACACCAAUGGGUUUAUUACUUGGAGGUGUCAAAUCAACGUAUAUGUUUGACUUACUGUUGGAAACAAGAAGACCUGACCAAAUUUUCCAGUGCUAUAAACCUGGUGAGGUCAUGGUAAAGGUUCAUGUAGUUGACCUAAAGACUGAAUCUGUUGCUCCUCCAAUAAGUGUACGAGCUUAUUUGAAUCAAACAGUUUCAGAAUUUAAACAGCUAAUUUCAAAGGCUACAAACCUGCCCUCUGAAACAAUGCGAGUAGUAUUAGAACGUUGCUACAAUGAUUUGCGUCUUCUGAACGUUUCCAGCAAAACGCUGAAAGCUGAAGGCUUUUUUAGAAGCAACAAG